AUGCCCCUUUUCACACCUUCAAAAAUCUUCCUCUUUGCUCUCCUCCUCCGCCUCACGCUCUUCUUCUACGGCAUACUCCAAGACGCCUACUCCCCGCUCCCCUACACAGACAUCGACUACUUCGUCUUCACAGACGCCGCGCGCUAUGUCCAUCGUAACAAAUCACCCUACCUGCGGGAAACCUAUCGGUAUACACCCUUGCUCGCUUGGAUUCUGAUUCCGACCGCUUGGAAACCGCAAUGGUUCUGGUUCUCCUUCGGGAAGUUACUGUUUGCUGGGGCCGAUUUGAUGGCGGGCUGGUUACUUUUUGAGAUUCUGAGGCAGGGACAGGGGGUGAAGCGGGGCGGGGAGAGGAUGGAGGUAGGAAGGGCGCUGAAGUUCGCAUCUGUGUGGUCGUUGAAUCCUAUGGUUGCGACGAUAAGUACGCGAGGGAGUUCGGAGGGGUUGCUGGGUGUAAUGGUGGCUGGCUUGCUGUGGGCAGUGCUGCAGCGGCGGAUCUGGCUCGCAGGAGUGCUGUUAGGCUUGAGCGUGCAUUUCAAGAUCUAUCCAUUCAUCUAUGGGUGCUCUAUUCUGUGGUAUUUGGAGUCACGGACCUUGCCUCAAACUUCGCCAUCGCCAUCGUCGUCCUCGUCCAAGAAGGCUGCGCAGAAUCAGGAUAUCUUGAGCCAGCUCUUCGCAUUUUUCAACAGAGACCGCAUCAUCUUCGGCAUUAUAUCUGUAUCAACGUUCACCAUCCUCACGGGCUUCAUGUACUACCUUUACGACUUUCCCUUUCUACAACAUACUUACCUACACCAUCUCACACGCAUUGACCAUCGACACAAUUUCUCGGUGUGGAAUACACUGCUUCACCUUUCCUCAAUGCAAGGCUCAGCUCGAGCAGGGAUUCAUUUCGAGAAAUUGGCUUUCAUUCCACAGUUACUACUAAGCGCGAUCUUGAUCCCCUUAGCGUUGGCGAAGAAAGAUCUUGCAGGCGCGAUGCUGUGCCAGACUUGGGCCUUCGUGAUGUUUAACAAGGUCGUCACUAGUCAGUAUUUCUUGUGGUAUCUGGUCCUUUUGCCAAUUUAUCUACCGUAUUCAUCGCUGCUGGAACGUCCACCAUUGGGUGUAGCCGCUGCGGUACUAUGGGUUGGGACCCAAGCUAUCUGGCUGCAACAAGCUUACGAACUGGAGUUUCUUGGAAGAAGCACAUUCAUACCAAAUUUGUUCUUUGCAAGCCUAGCAUUCUUUGCGGUCAAUUGCUGGAUAUUAGGUAUCAUGAUAUCAAACAUAGGAAGGAUAGACACGGGUAAAUCUCGUGCUUCUGAAAGAGAUGAUAGUACGAGAUUAGUGAGUGGUGAGAAGCAUUAA